CUGCAGCAAGCGCUGCUAAGUCAGAUAUCUGCUUACACUUGCACGCGUCACAUCAGCCUCUGCUGCGCCACACUAGUCUACCCAUCGUACCCUCGGACGAAGAACAAGCAUCUUGAGCAUCAACAUCAGUGAUGGAGACCAUGGGUUAUCCAAUGGGUGGAGGAGCCACCCGGCUUUACAGCACCUUGGCUCACACCCUCAGCAGUAGCCCCCAUGCCCCCCUCCCUCUGACCCACUUGGACCCCUACCAGCCUGCAGACGCAAGCCUGAGUCCUGAUUUCUGCCAGGAGCGGAACGGGUCCCCGGUGAGACCCCUCAGUCCCGAGGAGAUCCUGCAGGAAUGUGAGGAGGCCCUGAGAGACGGACCACCACGCUACCGCAGGACUUUCAUUCCGCCCUGGAAUGGUAGCGACGGGAGCGCCAUCCGGGUGAUGCAGUGGAACAUUCUGGCACAAGCGCUUGGUGAAGGACUUGACAGUUUUGUGCUGUGUCCCAUGGAGGCCCUCAGCUGGUCCCGAAGGAAGCAUCUCAUCCUGGAGGAGAUCCUCACCUACCGACCUCACAUCCUGUGUUUACAGGAAGUGGACCACUACUUUGACACAUUUCAGCCAGUUCUGGCCGGUUUGGGUUACAGAAGCAAGUUCUACCCUAAGCCCUGGUCUCCGUGUCUGAAUGUCAAGGGCAACAACGGCCCCGAUGGUUGUGCACUCUUCUUUGACGAGUCCCGCUUGGAGGUUUUGGACUGUGUGAGCUUCCAGCUCUCGGCCAUGAAGAUUCCGACCAAUCAGGUUGCUGUGGUGAUGAUGCUGCGUUGUCAAAUCACAAAGAGGCGUCUGUGCGUCGCCGUCACUCACCUGAAGGCCCGCGCCGGCUGGGAGUGGCUUCGCAACGCCCAGGGUGCGGAUCUCUUGCGUCAAGUCCAAAACGUGGUCCAGAAACAUAGUCCCAGCUCCCCGGUCCCUCUCGUCAUAUGUGGGGACUUCAAUGCUGUCCCGACUGAAGACGUGUACCACCACUUCCUCACAUCUCCUCUUGGUUUGGACUCCGCCUAUAAGAACCUCAGCAGAGACAAUUUGACGGAGCCACGGUACACGACGUGGAAGAUUCGCCCCACGGGGGAAUGCUGCGCCACUCUGGACUACAUUUGGUACACUCAGGACUCACUGAAGGUGGACGCCGUCUUGGACUUACCCUCAGAGGACGACAUUGGUCCCAACAGGCUUCCAUCCUUCAGCUACCCUUCAGACCACCUCUCACUGGUUUGUGACUUCAGUUUUAAGGAGACGAGGGGAUGAAUUGGAUUCAUAUUUUUUCUUAUGGAAAACCUGGGAAACACCUUACAGUAAGGAACACAAAAAUACAGGAGUUCAUGAGGAACGAAGCUACCAAACCCUAACCACUACUCAUUAGUUCCUCAGUAAAUGCUGUAUUUUUGUGUACUUUACUGUAAAGUGAGACCAAAAAUUGAUUUGGUGAAUUUCUUUUUUGGUUCCAAUCUGACCUUCUGGAACGAACGAACGACGCUAACCAAGGUUCCAUUGUAUUUACUGACUGAAGUAUUCGAUUUUUGGUAGUAUUUAUUUUGCAGCAGAUUAUGUUUUUAUGUAUGCAGGUCAUAUUUGACUGAAACCAAAUGCAUUGUGGCUGCUGACUAAUAAACAUUCUGAUUUGUAUUUGUACUGUUGCUACUAUUUUAUUGGAGCCACCAGUAGAAUAUUAAACAGCUGCUACUUGGACGGGAAAACACAAUUUACAUUCAGCAGGAGAAUAUCAAGUUAUAUUAGAAUAUAAAAAUAACAAAUGUCUUACUUUGUUAUAAAAUGUUUUUGCUCCAACUAAACAAAUAUAUUGAAGAAAAAAACAGUGUACAAGUUUCAAAUGUUUUAUGCUUGAGUAAAAUCUACUUUAAUACACUUUGAAACAAGAGUACAACAAAAUAUAAUAUACUUCAAAUGUUGAAUAUACAAACAGUUCAGUCUGAACACAAACUUCUGUAUUUUCCCUCUUUAGAUUAAAAAAAAUGAAAUGUGGGGCGAGCGCCAACAUGACAAAAAAUGACCUUUUCAAAUGACCAGAGACUAAGACUGACAUUGCAUUCAGUAUUUUGAUACAUUUUGCCAAAAAAUAAAAUAAAAUGAUUA